AUGGAACCCACCUCUAGUAACCCUGACGUUGGAGGUGACCAUCAUCAUCAUCAGCAUCAGCAUCAGCAUCAGAAUCAGAAUCAGCAUCAGCAUCAGCAUCAGCAUCAGAAUCAGCAGCAGCAGCAGCAACAGCAACAGCAUCAGCAACAGCAUCAGCAACAGCAUCAUCAGCAUCAGCAUCAGCAUCAGCAUCAGCAUCAGCAACUCCAACUGCAACUGCAACAGCAACUGCAACUGCAACAGCAACGGCAACAGCAUCAGCAACUGCAACAGCAACAAGAACAACAGCAAUCUACCAUGGUUCCUCGCGUUCAACUCAAAAAGGAAGACGAUCAAGGAAAAUCACCAUCCCUCCACACCAUUCAACCUGUUGCUCUUUACCGCACAGAAUGCGUCUACGAUUACGAGGGAGACCACCGUCGGAAAGGAGCUUUAAAACGAGAUCUGGCAGAAUUGAGUAAGGUGCAUCAAGAUUUAGAAACAAUUGUUAAGACAAUUCGUUCUGCUUCGGAGUCGGAUGUGGGGGACCUUGUUAAUCAUCUCCGUGAGCACGGCAAUCUGGCGGAUAUUAUGAUCGGUAUGCCAGAUGGCCCAACAGCAAUUUCUUUGGAAAAAGACUUAGGCCAUUUGGUGGAGAUAUUCCGUGUGGGUGGAGGUGGAGUAGGGUAUAACGGAUCCCUAGGUGAUGAAAGUUCUGAUCACAGAGAGAUAACUAGUCAAAAUACUUCACACAUUUGGACCAAUGUGACGACAGAUGUUAGCUUUAUAUCUGAUCUUCUUUCUUUAUAUUUCACUUGGAAUCAUCCUUAUUACGUUCUCUUUUCGAAGUCUUGCUUCUUGGCCGACAUGAAAAAGGGUCGAAGGAAAUACUGCAGCCCUCUUCUCGUCAAUGCUAUUCUCGCGUUGGCGUGUCACUUCUCGAAUCACCCGGACGCUCGAUCAGAACCGAACAAUCCGAAUAGUGCUGGUGAUCACUUCUUCGCGGAGGCUAAGCGACUCUUAGCGUCAGAAGGGGAUACUCCAUGUUUGACAUCUGUUCAAGCGCUGGCGCUUAUGUCGCUUCAUGAAGCGGGAUGUGGCCGAGAUUCCAGUGGAUGGAUGUAUUCAGGUAGGGCAUUUAGAAUGGGCCUAGACCUGGGAUUCAACCUCCCGCUGGAUAGUUUAGGUCUAUCUCCAACUGAGAUUGAAGUCCGCAAGAUAACAUUCUGGGGCUGCUUCACUAUUGACAAAAUGUGGUCAUCAUUCUUGGGAAGGAUUCCACAACUUCCGUCAUCCAUUGUUGGCGUCCAUAAACCGGGAAUACUUGGCCCCCUUGAACGUGAGACGUGGGAGGCCUACGGUAGCCCUGUCCGAGCUUCCGUCGGAUUAGCACAAGCAGGCCGUAUACAGACAGUGGCAUCUCGCUUUUGCGAGCUUUCGGAGAUUCUUGGAGAUAUUUUGUCCAUGUUUUUUUCGCCGCGAGAGCGUGUGACAUUUAUUAAGCUCAACACCCUAUGUUCUCGGCUGAAAAAAUGGCACGGCGGGCUUCCACCGGACAUGGGUGCUAGGAACGAGGCUGCUAGGAACGAGGCUUUACCAUCCGUUCUUGGACUUCAGUAA